AUGCAAGGAGAUGGCUUCAAACCUACAGCAGAACAGCAUUGCGGAAUCCAAGAGUUACGCUCGAAGUGCAACGACCUGCAACAAGCUCUUAGAGAUGCGAACCAAAAGGUUGAAAGGCAGAAGGCCCAUAUCGCCAACAUUGAACAAAAGCGUGGCGAGGAAAAGGAGCAGCUACAUGACGCUGAGAGCGAGUUGGAGAAGCUCGAGGCGCCAGGCCCCUCAUACGCCACCUGUGCUGCAGAAUCGUUGCUUCUUGGUGUUGAACCCAGCUUCCCUCAUUACCACGACGGCAACAGCAAUGGUGACAGCGGCUCAACGCCAACCUGGGGCGAGCUCCAGCCGCACCGUGACGAGGGACAGGAGGUUCUAAACGUAGUCCUCCUCCGCCGCCGCAGCAGCAACAGCAACAGCAGCCGCAACAACAGCAACAGCAGCACCGCCGCCUCCACCACCGCCCACCGCCACAAGCGUGACGGCACCGUCGUCGUUUAUGGCUCCAAUGCGCUCAUCCUGCAGACCGUGCAGCAGGCUCUGCAGGCCGCCGGUGCCGGCGGCGGCGGCGACAAGCCGCCGAACAAGAAGCGGCCUUUGGGCCACCAAGACGAUGAGGAGCUCGCUCCCCCCCCCCCCGGGCCCGCCAAGGAGGGCAAGAAGGGCAAGAAGAACAAGAAGGGCGAGAAGCCCGCCGAGCCCGCCGCCGACGCCGCCAAGGUUCCCCUCCCCCCUUCGGAGGAUGACAUGGAGGUGGACAAGGGCCUGUAA